AUGAGUGACCAGCUUUGCAAACUGUUUGUCGGAGGCCUGAACGUGAACACGGACGACGAUGGUCUGCGUAGUCACUUCGACCAGUAUGGCGUUCUCACCGACUGCGUGGUGGUGAUGAACAAAGAGCUACAGCGCUCCCGUUGCUUCGGCUUCGUGACCUACGCCUCUCCCGAGGAGGCGGACGCGGCCAUGGCGGGUAGGCCUCACACCAUCGACGGCAACACGGUCGAGCUGAAACGAGCUGUGGCCAGAGAAGACGCUAACAGGCCCGAGGCCUUGGCUAAAGUGAAGAAAAUCUUCGUCGGUGGCUUAAAGGACGACAUCGAGACGGAGCAUCUGAUCGAGCAUUUCUCUAGCUUUGGAGAGGUGGAGAAGGCCGAGGUGAUCUCCGAGAAAGACACGGGGAAGAAAAGAGGCUUCGGCUUUGUCUACUUCACUGACCACGAUUCUGCUGAUAAAGCCGUGGUCGUCAAAUACCACACAGUCAACAAUCACAAAGUGGAGGUGAAAAAGGCACUGACGAAGCAAGAGAUGCAGUCUACACGCGGUUCGAUGAAUCCCAGAGGCCGCGGGCGCGGAGGCAUGAGAGGAAAUCAAAAUGGCUACGGUGGCAGAGACUUCGGCGGAAGCUACGGCUAUGGAAAUGGCGGCGGCUAUGGCGGUGGUGGCUAUGGCGGCUACGGAGCUCCUUAUGGGGGAGGGUACGACCAGGGCAGCUAUGGGGGAGGCAACGGCUACAACGACUUCGGUGGCGGCUACGGUCAGCACUCUUCUGGUUACGGCCCGAUGAAAGGUGGACCUUUUGGGGGCCAGAGAAGCAACGCUCCCUACAGCAGAGGGGGUGGUGGCGGCGGUGGAUACCCCAGGGGGGCCUAUGGCGGUGGCUACUAG